AUGUCUCUGGUGAAUACUCUGUAAAUUUAUGAAUUUUGCCGUACUUUUGCUUCUCAAUUGAAUUUACGGACUCGCUAUACGGUAGAACAAUUACACGACAGUUUUGAAUCUAAUGAGAAUUCAUCGCUAGCCUAUCAACUAGUGAUAGGAUUGAUAGAUAAAUUUUGUUUAGCGUAUUUGGUAUAGGCAUCAACACAAACCAAUUCAGCUUUCUUGAAUGUAAUAGGAUAAAUCAAAAAUUAAUUUAUUCGUCGAUCAAUCUUGAUGAACAUUUGGCCUACGAUUUUCACAUUAAUUACACGCAUUUAUAGGAUUAGAGCUUAUAUAAAAGAUGAAAUCGAAUUAGAAUACUAAUAGUUCAAAGAGCAUUUAUAGUAAGAGCAAUUUAAAAAUUGGCUGGCCAUAGAUAAAUAGAAGCUGAUCCUAUUUAUGAUGGUCACAAUCUUUUAUGAAUCGGAAUUUCUGAUUUUGGAGAUUGAUCAAAGAAUAAAGAUAUAAGAAAUACUAUCAAACAAUGAUUGGAAGAAGGAAUUCGCAAAGAAGGAAGCAGAAGUAAAAAGACUCUAACAAUCAGUUGGAAAAGUGGCUAAGAAGAAAUAAAAAGAAUAGGUCAAGACUCUUCAAAUAAUAGCAGGAUUGGAAGAAGAAUUAAAUCUGUAUACAAAAGCAUCAACUGUUGUUAAUAGCUAAUUAUUUUAUAAUUCAGCUGUAGAGAAGAUAUCUGAUAAUAUUUAUGUAUUCUAAGAGGAGAAGAGAUGUAUCUAUCAAGAAAACAACGAAGAAGAUUGGCAAGUCAUCAAAGGAGCUGAAAUGAUAGAACUCAUUGGUCAACAAUAGAAGAAAAGUGCGUAAAUGAAGACUUUAGUGAGUGAAGGUUACUUUAGUUUAGAGGAAUGUAAGUUGGAUCCAAUCGUUCUUGAUAAUACUUACGGAAUUGAAUAAAUAAGUCAAGACUCUAUGGCCAUUGAAUUAUUUUAGAGAUGCGAUAUAAAUACUGUAAGACAAAUUCUUUUGGCUUUGGAGAAGGAUUAUUCAGAAUAUGAAUUGAUUUAUUGGAAGAGUUGUUGGACAUCUGCUGAAAAAAGGAAAAUUUGGCAAGAGAAGGUUUAAAAUGCAGAUAUGGUUGAAUUAACUGAAAUUUUGAGCAAGAUUCCACAUCAACUCUCUUGGGUUAACAAAAAGCAUGGACAAACUGAUAGUUAGGCUAAGUAUAAAUCUAGUAGAUUGUAUUGGUUUUAUUAGAAUAAGUUAUAUUCUAUGCCUUAUCAGUAAUUAAGUAAACAGGAGCCUUCUUUACAUUCAAUGUACUUGUUGGCUAUAACAUUAUAUGAUAAAUUAAAGAGUUAUAUUCACAGAAAAAUGAGAACAAUGGACAUCAAUUAAAUUUAAUAAUAAUAAUAGCAAUCAGAUCUGGAAUCAACUUUGGAUGAUGACUUUUAAGACCUAAAAUGA